AUGCGCUUCGACGUCGCUUUUCCAAUCGAAUCCGUACGGUUUCAGGAGCGCGACCAUCGAUCAAAACUCGCAGACUCCGAUCUCGACAAACCCGCCGCUAACAGGCCGCUGACGAAGAUGUUGAUCAACUUCGCCUGGGGCCCAUUUGAGUGGGAUGUAAACGUCAAGAAUGCAAGAGGUAUCACAUGUCGCGAUGUGCUCGAAGCCAUUUACGACACCUUCAAUGAGCAACUCACGCUGUACGAAAAGAAGCUCAUACCCCCGCAUCUGCGGAAAGAGUGCGAGGAGGCUUUCAAACUACGCUGCAAGGUCGUACCAGGCCUGGAACAGGUUGAGUUCCGACAAGGUUUGAAACGUGUUGAUGUUCUACGGCACGGUACCAUCUUUCUGGGCUUGACACAACCAAAAUCGGAUGGUGAUUGGACCCUCAAUCUGGGGAAAUGGCCUUUCUAG